GCAAUAUUCAAUUCGCUCAUACACACGUUCCUCUGACGUUUAGCCCAGUGUACACAUCGCUGGCGUGACCAGAAAAAGCUGCUCGAUUACACUGAAACAAGCCAGCCAGCAAGAUAUCCGAGUGGAAAAAAAAGAUACAAAACAUAACCUUGCUCUCAGGCUCAGCGCUCACGCAAGACACGAGAGGACGCCCGCUGCCAUGCCGCUGUUCGGGAAAUCCCACAAGAGCCCCGCUGACAUCGUGAGAACGCUGAAGGAGAACAUGGCCAUUCUGGUGAAGCAGGACAAGAAGACGGACAAGGCUUCAGAGGAGGUGUCUAAGUGUCUGGUGGCAAUGAAAGAGAUCCUUUACGGGACCAACGAUAAGGAGCCGCACACAGAGACGGUGGCCCAGCUGGCCCAGGAGCUCUACAACAGUGGCCUGCUCAUCCUGCUAGUGGAAAACCUACAAGUCAUUGACUUUGAGGGGAAGAAGGAUGUGUGUCAGAUCUUCAACAACAUUCUGAGGAGACAGAUUGGGACCCGGAGCCCCACCGUGGAGUACUUCUGCUCCCACCAGGAGGUGCUGUUCAUCCUGCUGAAGGGGUACGAGACCCCCCAGGUGGCCCUGAACUGCGGGAUUAUGCUGCGGGAGUGCAUCCGACAUGAGCCACUGGCCAAGGUGGUCCUGCACUCGGAGCACUUCCGGGACUUCUUCCACUAUGUGGAGAUGUCCACCUUCGACAUCGCAUCUGACGCCUUCGCUACCUUCAAGGAUUUGCUCACAAGACACAAGGUUCUGGUGGCAGAGUAUUUGGAACAGAACUAUGAUGCCGUUUUCGCAGACUAUGAGAAGCUGCUACACUCUGAGAACUACGUCACAAAGAGGCAGUCACUGAAGCUGCUGGGAGAGCUGCUGCUGGACAGACACAACUUCACAGUGAUGACACGCUACAUUAGCAAGCCAGAGAACCUCAAGCUCAUGAUGAACCUGCUGAGGGACAAGAGCCCCAACAUCCAGUUCGAGGCCUUCCACGUCUUCAAGGUGUUUGUUGCCAACCCCAACAAGACCCAGCCAAUUGUGGACAUCCUCCUGAAGAACCAGACCAAACUAAUCGACUUCCUCAGCAACUUCCAGAAGGACCGCACGGAUGACGAGCAGUUCAACGAUGAGAAGACGUACCUGAUCAAGCAGAUCCGAGACCUGAAAAAGCCUGCCUCGUAGGCCUCCCAGUUCUCUGCUCCGCCUCCUUUUCUUUUUUUUAUUGAGAAAAAAAAUAGUCAAAAUAAUACUUCUAUUUAAAAUCUUAAAAAAACAUUUGUCUCUUCUUAGUUCCUUUGAAAGCUUGCAAAGAAUAGUUCUCAAUCACAAGAUAUUCUGUGUCUGGUUUAUUCUCACCACUUUUAUUGUUUUUUUUUUCACUAGUGCAGUGCCACUGUAGGAUUUUAUAUUUUGAAUAUGUCAUUUGAAUGCAAUUUCAUUCCUUUUGAAGGGGGGGAGAACCAGAGGCUAGAGCUGGCCCAGUGGCAGGUGAACUGGCUUAGUGAGGGAGACUAAUGAGAUCAUCACUAUGGUUCUGUUUGAGUUUGCUUCUGUUGUAGACACCAGAAGUUCACCGUGUGACUCCAACAAUCUGAAACUGAGCAGUCAAAAUGCAGAGGAGUACCUGAAGGAAUGAUCUGUAUGGAUUGCUUUUGUACAUUUGUUUGGGAUCUAAGCAGAUUUCCAACUUGUGUUUUAUAGUAGAAGAGAGGUCAGCAAUCAUUAUUUAUAUUAACACUAGUGUCACACGAUUGCUUUCUGUUCGUAUGUGAGUGUGUGUGUGUGUGUGUGUGUGUGUGUGUGUGUGUGUGUGUGUGUGUGUGUGUGUGUGUGUGUGUGUGUGUGAAUUUCAAUCCAAACUCAAAUUCAGACUUCUUUUUUAUUCAAUUUGUAAUGCUGUAACCUCACAUGAAAGUCAUAGACCUUUCAAUAGAAAUGUACUAGCCCAGUUUUCUUAUAUUCAAGAAGGUUUUUGGGCUGCUCACAAGGAAACAAAAGUACAGUUUAUUGUGUUGCCUUUUAAACAGACAAAGCACAAAGGUGCCAUAAUCUACUUUCUGUUAGAAGAAUCUCUGGUGUAUUGGGUAGAUCUGAAAAGUAAGGCUUUUGUACUGGUUGAACUAGUAAUAUGAUAAUUAUGAUAUCACUUAAAGGAGUAUUGAUUUUGAUGUUGAAGGAAUAUUCCAUGGAGAAAAAUAAUCAUUUGAUAAUAUGCCCCUUACUUUUGAAACAGCUGGUAAUUUUCUUUCAUGUAUACAAACAAACAUCUUAAUACAUAAUGCAAUUACAUCCACUGUUUACGUUAACCAGAGACAAGCUUUCCACAGUUUCUUUUUGAGGGGGAAAUUGCUCAUUGGCACAUUACAAUAUUUAUUUACUUAGUAAAGAUCCUUAAUACAAGGUGAUUUGCAUAAUAUCCAUUUAUAUGGAGGAAUUUUUACUAAAGCAUUUUAGGUUUAGUAUCUUGCCCAUCGAUGCAUUGAUUGAUGCAUUGAUUCUGUUCUGGAUUUGAACCCAUGACCCCCUGGUCAAGUUCCCCAACUGCUAUGCUGUGUGAAAGUUUUAUGCUAAAACAGCUGUGGAAGCACUUGAUAGCUGUGCUUGCCCUUAAGUGUACUGAGAGUGGGGAAUUUUACAAGGAGACUGCAAGACAUGCAGCAGUGUUAAAUUUGAGUUUAGAGGUGACCAUCUGUUCAAGAAGGUGAAAUAGUCACAAUUUCCCCUUUGAAAAAAGGAAAGGAUGUGCUCCCUUUCUGGAUUAACAUGGUAGAUUCAAGGAUAUGCACAAAUUGUUUGUGUGCCAGUGACAUAUCAUAUUGAUUUUUACUUCUGACAGAGUGCCCCUUUAAGUCAAAUGUAUUUAAGACAAAUGUGAUCAAGUCCUAUCCAGGAUGACUUACUGAUUCUCCUAAAAUAAUGUUAUAGCUGACAGAAUGCCCAAACUAGCUUUUGAUGAGUCUUUGCAUUUGGUAUUAAGUUUUAAGCUGAUAACAGUACAUUUUCUUUUUAAUAGGGCUGUUGCACAGCCAUGCUUACUUUAAAAAUUCUGUACAUUUUGGUUUCCUUUGGAGUGUAAAAUUUGAUUUUUACACACCUGGAGAGUGGCAUGAUAUGGAAACAAAACUACAAAAACAUCUUGGCACUUUUUUGGCAACAAAUUUAGCAGCUUCUCUAUUUCAAGUCAGAGGGGAUAUGGAUAUUAUUUUUAUGACUGGUAUUUAUAUGUGCGUGAUCUGUGAUUAUGAUUACAUUUUUUAUUUGAGAUUUUCUUGAGUAUGCUAAGAGUGAGCAGAGGCUGGGAAACGGCAUGAGCUGAGGGCAUAGACUCAAAGCGUGCCUUUGUUUUUCUGUUUUUCCUGCUUUUCUCUCCUUUUUUGUAUUUUUAAAACCUUUCCAGGGGGAGCUUAAUUUUAUUUACAGAAAAUAUGCUCUGGUUGAACAUAUUUAGUUUGAUUAAGCAAUGAACCCCGUAACUCACUAUAUCUGAGUUCCAUUGCUCGUGAAAUGACGUGCUCUAAGCUAAUGCUACUAUUCAGAGAAACAAACACAAUAUCAGACACAUCAGGACCAGGAGAUAGACAGCUCAGAGGGGUUCAUUCUGCAGAAAAAGUGUGCCAUCAAGGUGCAAUUAAAUGAGGUGGCAAAGUAGAGGAGAAAAGCCAAGGCUUGAUGGGACCAUAAAGAAGGGUUUUUUGCCUUUUUUUUUUAACAGAAUAUGACUUGACGUUGAAACAAAAUUUGCCAUUUAGAGGUCCAGGAAAAAUGUAUUUGCUUGCUCCUAUUUCCAUUUAAAAUAAACAUGGAAAGAGACCAGAGCAAAUUGUGUUCUUUUAGAUUUCACAGAUUUCUGGACAGUCAGGAUUGACUAAUCCUGAAGAAUCCCUGUAUAUCAAGCUAUGAUGUGCAUGGUCACCACCGAUGCCAACAAUGCAACAACAAUUCUGCAUCCUGUUGUAUGAUUCUAAAUGAUGAGCUGCAGCAUUCAUGAUUGAUCUUAAGAAGUAAAUUUCAUGCCGCCUUUGGUUUUUCUUGUGUAUUACAAAUUUUGGUUUGCCAGCUCAAACAAGAUGGGAGACGCUGUCACUGUAAUACCCACAGUGCAUUGCAAAACAUAUAAAGGAUGGAAGGUGGCUAAAGAAGGCCCUUCUGAGACCUGGGCGGGAACAAUCAAAACAUUCUACCUGAGCCAAAUUCAGCAAAAUCAGAAAUACAGAUUUUUGAACUUUCAACAUUUUUGUAUGUACUAACAUGGCAAACAGCAAAUCGAAAAAAUACAUUUAUGAAUUUUGUUUUUUUUCCCAUUCCUGUUAUGGCUUCUCAUCUGCAGACCCAACACAGCUGUGUAUUUCCAACCCACAUUAGUGUACCACUUCACCAAUAGAGGAAAAUAAAUGAAUAUGAUUG